AUGCACUGGGGCCACUUCAGCAUUCAACUCUUUAACCCUCGCCAACGAAGUCAAGCUCGAGUCUACCUACCCACAACUCACCCUAUCAUGCUGUACGCUUCAAAGACUAGGGCAGCACCAUCAGCGGUGAUGAAAAAGCUCGAUUAUAUGGAAAGGAAGCUGUUUAGACGAAUGCUUGGCUACUUUCGGCAAAUGGUGUGCCAUAACGAAGAACUCUACUCAGAAGCGGAUAUCAUGUACCGGCGGAUGGCGGCGAGGAAACCAUCAAUAUUUUGCCCCGCCCUCUAA